AUGGAUAAGAAGACGGGGAGCAGAAGAAAGGUGGUAGUCAUGAAUAAGGAGGAACUGCUUUUGUUCGUUGAAAAGAAGCGGAAGGAGGAAUCCCGUAGGGACUCUCUUCUCCCCGAAUCCGAAUCCGAUCUCGGGCUCUCCAUUGACGAGACAGAUAGCAACAAAGUAGUAACCAUGAUGAGUAAGGAGGAUUGCUAUCUCGCCGCCAAGGAACUUAUUUUGACGAUUGUUGCUUCUUACGAUAAUAUGUUGGCCGAGCAGGAUUCGGCCGUGAAGAUAAUCGAGAACAGUCGUCCAGUAUCUGGCUGGCCUUCAAGAGGAUCCAUUGAGUUUGAAGACGUUCACCUGCGUUACAGACCCGGGCUUCCUUCAGUAUUGCAUGGACUGUCAUUUUUUGUUUCUCCAGGUGAGAAAGUAGGAGUGGGUCCUAAGUAUCAUACCACAAUCACCAGUUCUUUUCUCAGGGACGGUGAGAUUCCUUUUGGUCUAGAUGCAGAGGUCUCUGAGGGAGGUGAGAAUUUCAGCGUGGGGCAAAGGCAACUGCUAAGUCUAGCACGUGCAUUGCUAAGAAGAUCUAAGAUCCUUGUUCUCGAUGAAGCAACUGCAUCUGUUGAUGUCAGAACAGAUUCUCUGAUACAGAGGACCAUCCGUGAGGAGUUCAAGUCUUGCACAAUGCUUGUUAUCGCUCACAGAUUGAAUACCAUCGUCGACUGUGACAAAAUCCUUGUGCUUAGUUCUGGUCAGGUUUUGGAGUAUGAUAGUCCACAAGAAUUGCUAUCAAGAGAUACAAGUGCCUUCAUUAGGAUGGUUCAAAGCACCGGACCAGCAAAUGCUCAGUACCUUUGCAACUUGGUCUUUGAAAAGAGAGGGACUGGAAUGAGUCUAGGUGGAAUAGAAUUGGUCACCAGCCUUCCAAAAUGAGUAUAUAAGUUCGGUUUGCAACAAACGACAAUGGAAGUUGCAGUAGUGACUUUUCAUGAUGAUGGAAUACGCAUCAUUAUCA